AUGGCUGAAAAUUUGGGAAAACGACCAUCGAAGGGUAUUCUGAAAACCUCUUCAAGUUUUGAGAAGCCGGAUGCACCGAAGAGGAAACAGAAAGAGACAAAAUGGGAUGAAAUGAAUAUAAUAGCAACACUUCAUCCACCUGACAAAGAGUAUGGCCAUAUGAAGAUCGAGGAACCCAAAACACCAUUCAACUGGGUUGAUGAAGAUGCAAUGGUAGAUGAACUUGAUGCGGCUGUACUCGCAGAGAAAAUUCGACUUGAGGCAACAAAGCCACCAAAAAGCAUUGAAGAAGAUUCAGAAAGCGAAGAAGAUAGUGAAGAUGAAACUGAUGAAGUGAAAGCCAAGCGUGUGGCAUUUGAAAGCAAACGAAAAGCUCACUACAAUGAGUAUUAUGCUGUAAAGCUUGCUCGGAAGCUGAUGGAGCAAGAGGAAGAGGUUGAAGAAGAUGAUUACUGUGAGCAUGAUGAAGCAGUAGAAAUGGAGGAGGAUGAUAAACAUGCACAACAAACGACUGAGAACAGUGCCAGUGCUUCAAAUAUGAACUGUGUCACAGUACCUGCAGCAACAGGACAUUGCAGUUAAAUCUUUCUGGAUUGUGUUACUAACUGGAUCUUAUUUAAAACAUUACAGACUGGUGUUCAUCUGUGUCCAUUAAGUUUAAUUUAUCAAAAGAAACAAUACUUUUCCCCCUUCCCAAAUGACAAAACUGAUCAGUAAAAGUAUAACAUUGGUUUUUGACAUUAAUUGCUAAAUGUGAAUGCACAAUUAAAUGCAGCUAAAAAUUUUAAUAUAUAUAU